GCCAUCAUUGUGCAGAGAACCCACUUGGUUCCAAGGCUUGGACAAAGGUGGUAGGCUGUGCUAGAGCUGGGGCAAUGUAGGGAAAGUGGUGGCUUAGGGACCCAGACGAUGGCCGGCUGGGGCUACCUUAGCCUGCAGAAGGUGCUGAGCACCUGGUAGUGGAAUCUGUGAAGGGCAGCGCCCUGCCCUCAGGAGGCGAAGGGACUAUGGAACCCCGAGGUCAAAAUUACCCAAACUGGGACACGAGGGGCAGGCGUGCUACCAUCUUCCCCCAGAGAGAAGGGGUCAAGGUUGCGGUACCCUCUACGUUCCUUGCUCAAUAUGAAGACACUGCUUUCCUGACAACCAGAUACAAGACUUUCCUGACCAGGAAAAGGGCCUUGUGUGACUUCAGGGUGAGAUGGCCGGAGCUAGUCUCCACAGAACAGGAGCCACAGAAAGAGGACACAUCCUUCCUUGGACUCCCUUCCCUUGACAGAAAGCCCACGGACACAAGCUCCUGCUCCUCCGCUAGCAUCAGCCUCAAAAAUCAGGAGAGCAGCCAUGGCGACCUCGAGGAUCCCAAGGAAUUCACUGGCUGCCUCGCAGAAGGCUUUCCAGAGUCUCCUCAUGUGACCAUUCUCAACAGCUACCUGAAGCCGGAGUCAAUGACACGACUGGAGAAGAAAGUGAGGAAGAGGACCGUGGUGGUCAUGAAUCAGUUGGAGCAUGAGAAGGAAUCGGCUAAGUUCCGGAGGGCAGUGCUACUGAGGGAUACUAGGGAGCUCCAGGAUGAAAAGGCUUACGAGGAAGCAGGGAACAAGCCCUUCCUGGAGUACCUGAAGGAGAAAAACCAGGAAACCCAGGAGAAGUACGACUCCCUGUGGAAAGACUACAUCCAGCAGUGUCAAGAGAUCAAGGACAGGAGGCAAGAGCUGGUCUCCACCUUCACCUCACAGAGGGAAGACCUCCAGAAGGAGCUGAUGCGGAACAAGAAGCUCGACGCCAGCUUGAAGAAGAAGCUGCAGGCCCUGGAGCCCAUCGCACACAUAAAGGAGAGCCAGGAUCGGGAGAUAAAAGCCUUAGAGUUAGAGCACGCUAGCAUAGUAGCCAACAUCCCCUUCAUGGACCGAGAGGCACACUUUCAGUUCCUGAGGGAGAGGGCCGCCUUGGAGAAGCAAGUGGAGGGUAUGAACCUGCUGGAGUCUGGAGAGGACAUCACCAGGGAGCUGAAGAAGAAGACCAAGGCCUGGGACACUGCAGCCAAACAGGCUCACGAGGACUUCUGCCAAGAUGUCAAUGCACGAAACAGGCAGCUGCGGACACAGCUCCAGCAGCUGGAUCAGGAAUUCUGCAAACUGGAGAUCAGAAAGGAGAAGCUGGAAUGGCAAAAGCAGCAGUGGAAAGAGCAGCAGUGGUACCUGGAGGCUCUGACUCGGGGGAGAGAGCGCCUGCAGCGGCGGGAGCACCACCGGCAAGAGCGGGAGCACCGCCGGCAGGAGCGGGAGCACCGGAGGCAGAAGUGGGAGCACCACCGACAGCAGCAGGAGCACCCAGCACUGAGCCGUCUACUGGGUGCCAGGCCGAAAGCCAAUCCUAAGUAAUGGGCUGCCAUGCCCCAGGAAGCUGACUGGAGCUGAAGCUGGGGCCACCACACAAAGAAUGACAAUGGUGUCUGAUGAUGCAGAGGACAAAAGCACCAGGGUACGGAGAGCUGAGCUUCUCAGAGGGGCCGAGGGGGCCUGGCCUGGCCUCUCUCAGGCUUGGCUCCCACAUAGCAGCCCAAAGGGCCACCCUAACCGAAAGCUUCCCAGCACUGGGAGGCUUUGUUCUUCAGAAGCCAUACCUUCUGUGUUCCCUGUUGCAAUCCAGACUUCGGUGCUCAAUUCCUGCUCUAGUGUGGCCUUCAGGACGACAGGGUGCAUUUUGUAAUGGACACUUUCCACACUGUCAGCCCAUCUCACAGUAGGAGCAUGGUGUCUUAGGUGGGUGCAGGGUGGCAUUUGGGGAACUGGGUUCUUUGCAUUUGUGUCUGGCUGAGGCUAGACUGUUUACAGAGCUGCGCGUCGUGAUGGCCCCGUGUUUGGGCCGUGUGCUCCCAUGCGACAAAAUACAGGCAGCUCUCUGAGUCCUGGGCCUUGCUCCAGGCAAAAAGCCUCAGCCUUACAUUGUAGAAUUUUAACUUUUACUUAGCUAUAAUAGCAUGAACUCAUUUAUAACUGCGCUAAAAAUGAAUUGCUGAAUGUACCUUUGGCUCACCGAGCCCACUUGCACAUGAAAUGCUAUUGAAAAACAAAAGCCUACCUGUGAUUAUUCAAAAUAAAAGUCUGUUUAUCAUUACCCAAA